AUGGCUUCAGAAAAGGUGCCGACUAGUACAGGCCAGGUGCCUCGUCACCCUUAUUCCCCCCUGCAAAAAGGCCAUAUCCGCUUGCUUCGACUGAUGCCGCAUUCCGACCAAGACGCCGCAAUACGAUGCGAGCUCUUUGACCACCGCUUUGAUGAUAUUAAUCCAAGAAAAGGGACGCAUCUCUACGAGGCUUUAUCCUAUGUUUGGGGAUCCGGAGAUAAACCCAUGAUGAUUUUCACAGAAAGCAAUUGUUUGCCAGUGGGAAGGAAUCUCUACGAGGCUUUGAAACGUCUUCGAGACUGCACUCUCCCACGGAUCAUAUGGAUCGAUGCUAUUUGCAUCAAUCAAAAUGACAACAAAGAGCGGGAGCAGCAAGUCGGGUGCAUGGCAGAAAUCUAUGCGCGAGCAAGCCGCGUGAUCAUUUGGCUAGAAGAGACGGAAGUGGAGCGGUUUCAAGGGAGCAGACAAGUCAUGACCAAUGGCGAUCAUGCGUUCAAAAUCAUAGACAGCGCGGCUAGAGAUGACCAGCUCACGGAACUCUCGCACGUCGACCGGGAAGCGGUCCUUGCGCUACUUCGACGGUCCUGGUUUGAGCGUAUCUGGGUACUCCAGGAAGUUGCAGCGGCUCGACACGUUGUCAUCAUGUCUCUUGGUAUGGAGAUGGACGGAUACGCGUUCUAUUUGGGUUGGAGCAAGCUGAAACUCGCCCUUGGAGAGCUUAACUUGCAGAGUCGAGUCAGUUCAGCAGCCGACCUCAUGAAAGAUGCAGUUCUCCGGCCCAAGUGCGCAACAAGCCGCUCAGAUAGAGUUUCGCUCGAUAUACAUCCUUUAGGGACGCUGAUGGACUUGUACCACGACCGCAAAGCUACUGACCGACUCGACAAGGUUUACGCAUUGCUUGGCAUGAGCUCUGACGCCCCAACUUACAUAACUCCCAAGUACGAUGCACGUUGGGGAGAUAUCUUUCGCCAACUCAUCAGGUCCAGCAUCGGUGAACAGGCAAGCGUAAAGACGUGGGACCAAAACCAGCUCGCCAUAAUUCAAAGCAAGGGGUGCGUUCUUGGCGAGGUGGCUACUACGGACUAUUUUCAAGGAAACGGGCAGCGUCUGGGCAUACGUUGA